AUGGCCCUCCGUACCUUCUUCGUCCUCUUCGCCCCAUAUGCACACCCGCGACCUCUUUUUGUUCACGCUGCGGACCACACGGCCAUGAAACCCUACAACAUGGAUUCAAUCGAUUCGUUUGACGAUCUCGAUAAUUCGUUGGACAAGGCAUUGAAUCGUGCGCUGAACACCAUCUUCACAUACAACACUCCUCCUAGUGUGCGCCAAAGCAGUUCCGGUUCAAAUAAUGCCAUUCCUCUUUCCACCAUGGUUGGCCACGAACGUGAUUCUAGAGACUACGAAAACGACAGCUCUCCUUUAAUAGGUGGACGGACCUCCAUAGAUACUAGGCGGGCCGUCCGUGGGGAGCAACUGUUUUUUCAGCGAUUCAUAAAUUUUUUUCAAAGAGCACGCAAAGAGCUUAAUGACGAACGAAUAAGAGCCAUGAAUGCUAAAGACACAACAGAUUCACCCGACCAACGCCAGUUUGGCGAGCGGUACAUCAGCCCCAAAGAUAACUCCAGAAAGUCGUCGUACCCUACAAAUGCCGUCUCCAAUGCCAAGUAUAAUCCCAUCACAUUCAUCCCGAUUAUUCUCUACGAACAGUUCAAGUUUUUCUUCAACCUUUAUUUUCCUCCUCGUGGCGUUGUCGCAGAUCGUACCGCAAUUGCGAAUCGGAUACCUUAG